UAGCUUCGCGCUCUGCGCUGUUUAUCAUGAGAACAGCAGCAGACCCAGUGCUUAACUGACCAUGCUCUCUGCUGAGAAGGAAAUAAUUAAACGACUCUGGUCUGAUUUUCCUGCUGGUUUAUUGUUUAAAUACGAUUGGAGAAGAGAGUAGACUUGGCACUGUGGGCUGCAAGAUAUGUCCAUAUAAUCAAAGUCUGAAUGUGUUUUUAACUGCUUGGUUAACAUCAGAGGAUGAGCUGGUUUGGAUUGACAUUGAAAGUGAAUUAUCAGAGGCCAGCAAUACAUGCGCAACGAAUACGCUUAUACGACGCACACAAACAUUUCCUGACGCAUCUCAUCUGUCAGUCUGCUACUGGAUGAAUGAAUCACGGUAUUUUCUCAUCUCAGAAAUAGGAGAACCGUUUCAGAUCCAACACCGUUCCCAACAUGUCUGAGACAGAUUUGGGCAGUUGUAUUCCAGCCCAGAGAAGGUCACCACUAGGUCCAGAGAGGUCAGUGAAGCUGGGGGACUGCAGCCAGCCAUUCAAACUCAAUGUGAUUGUCAAAGAGGAAGAGGAGGAGAGAGAAAUCAGUGGAGAAGAAGAUUGCGAAGAAAACCAUUACUCAGGAGAGAGCUCCAACCCGGGUUCAGACAUCGAACCCAGUUCCACAGUACCGGGAAACCACGAACAACACAGAGAGAAGCCCCAACUUGACUUUAAUGACAACAGUAUUGGUCAAACUCACUCCAGAUCACUCAAACCGACACAAAAAAAAAAAAAAGACAUACCCUUGCUCUCAGUGUGGAAAGAGUUUUAGUCAGGCAGGAAACCUAAAGUGUCAUGAGAGAAUACAUACCGGAGAAAAACCUUUCCAAUGUUCCCAGUGUGGUAGGGGUUUUAGUGAGAAGGUUAACCUUAAGAGACAUGAGAGAGUACACAGUGGGGAUAAACCUUAUCACUGCACCUACUGUGGACGGAGCUUUAAUCAUUCAGGAAGCCUUAAAGAACAUGAGAGGAUACAUACAGGGGAAAAACCUUAUCAUUGCUCUCUUUGUGGGAAGAGUUUUAGUCGUGCAGGAGACCUAAAGUCUCAUCACAGAUCACAUAGUGGAGAGAAACCGUACAAGUGCUCUCUUUGUGAAAAGCGUUUCAAUCAGCCUGGAAACCUAAAGACUCAUCAGCGAAUACACAUUGGAGAAAAGCCUGCCUUUACUCUCAAUAUGAUUUUAAAAGAAGAGGAUGAAAGGGAAAUGGGUGAGGAGGAGAGGAGAAAGGUUGUGGAAGAAAGUAGUAGUGUAGUUGACCAAAGUACAUUAAGGCGUCGUGGGAGUUAUCCAUGCCCUCAGUGCGGCAAGAGUUUUAGUUCCUCAAGUGGUCUAAAGAAUCAUGAAAGAGUACACACUGGAGAAAAACCUUUUCCCUGUGCCACAUGUGGUAAGUGUUUCAGUGAAAAAGUGAACCUUACAGACAUGAGAGAGUACACAGUGGAGAAAAGCCUUAUCAUUGCACCCAAUGCAGCAAGAGCUUUAACCAUUCUGGAAGCCUUAAGGAGCAUCAAAGAGUACAUACAGGGGAGAAGCCUUAUCACUGUUCUUUUUGUGGGAAAAGUUUCAGUCAGCCAGGAAACCUAAAAAAUCAUCAGAGAAUACAUACAGGGGAGAAGCCUUACCAUUGCUCUCUGUGCGGGGAUCAUUUUCGUUUUGCAGGUGACUUAAAGAAUCAUGAGAGAUCCCACACUGGA